UUGACACCGAUCACCAUGGCAACCGCACAACCGUGCACAUUUCUAGUCAGGCGCUGUUUCAGUCACGACUCGUGCGACGAUGGUGUUGAUUUCCCAGCAUGCCCUAAGGACCCCCCUUUUUCCUCCAUCUUGGAUAUCAGUACAGGCUUGGCUGUGACUGAAUACUCAAGCUUCACAAUGCCAGGAAGACUGUGGUGCAAGGCGAUCUUCACAGGGUACAAGCGAGGCCUCCGGAACCAGCGCGAGCACACGGCGCUGCUGAAGAUCGAGGGUGUGUACACGCGUGAGGAGACCGAGUUCUACCUGGGCAAGCGCUGCGCCUACGUCUACAAGGCCAAGAAGAACACAGUGACUCCUGGCGGCAAGCCCAGCAAGACACGCGUGAUCUGGGGCAAGGUGAUGCGCGCUCACGGGAACAGCGGCAUGAUCCGCGCCAAGUUCAGCAGCAACCUGCCCGCCAAGGCCAUUGGGCACAGGAUCAGAGUGAUGCUGUAUCCAUCACGGGUGUAAUGUGCUGUGGUUGUGUACAUACAAUAAAAGGACUGGUCCAAAUCAA